AGGUAAUGGUAAUGGACGAAGACUCGAAGAGAUGGAGAUGAUUUUACUGGACUGAGUCAGUCUUGACUGAGACAUGGCUAAUCCAACAAAAUUCUCACAGCCCUUCGCUUUUAAGAAUAUAAAUGGAGAUGAUUAUCAUCCCCCUUUAUCCUCUUCCUUUAACCCUAACCCUAACUCUUCUUCUUCCUUUUCCUUUUCCUUUCUCUCUCCAUCUUUCUCAAAAUCACCACCGACCUCCUUUUUCUACGACGGAGAGGAAGUUGAUCUGUUGUUACAAGUGACAUUUCUUCAAUGGAAGUGUUUGGUUGUCCUAAACUAGAGACUGGUGGUUGUACUACUAUAAGAAAGAAGAGGAGUCAGAGUUCAAGAAGGCCUAGACCUGAUUCCCUUCGAUUUCUUGAUAGCCGUUCACCAUUGUCAUCUACUCCGCCUUUAGAUGAUGAUGAUACUAGUAGUGAUGAUGAUACCAUUAGGAGGAAGGAACUUAAUCUAAGUCAGUUUGGUUUAGGGGAUAAUUCUUAUAAUAGUGGAAAUGGUUUGAAUCAGAAAAGGAGACGUGAAGGUGUACUUGCUCCUGCUAAUUGGAAAAGAUUAAGUAAGAGGAGUGAGGAUGAUGAUGAUCAUCAUGGUGGAACUUCUGAUUUUGAUGGAAAUGGGAAUAAGGUGGUUAGAAAGAUGAAACUCAAAGUUGGUGGUGUAUCGAGAACCAUUCAGUCACAUGAUUUAGCGGGUCAUGGUUCUUCUUCUUCGAGAAGUGCUCGAACUUCAGAUGCUCUGAGGUCACGGCAAAAGUUGAUUCUUCAGGAUGAUUCUGAUGGUGACCUUCAAGGAAACAACUUGAAGAAUAACAUCUCCAAAAACAGUUCUGGUCGUGCAAAAGAUGAUUAUUCAAACCGUAAGAUGCAUGUAAAGAAUGCUAGUGGAGACCACCAUUCAGAGCCUGUUCGUAAAAGCAAGAGGGUUCCAAAGAGGCGUGUAUUGGAUGGUUCCUUUGACGAAGACGACGAAGAUGAUGAGAUUAGGUACCUGGAGAAGCUUAAAUAUUCCAAGGCGGCGGCUGCUGCUGCUGCUUUGGCAAAGAAGGAUUUGGAUGAAGACUCCAGUAGGAAAUUUGAACGAAUUUCCAGGGUUUAUAAGAAUGGUAAAGUCGAUGUAGAUUCUGUUGAUGUUAAGAAGAGAACCAUAUCUGAAAGAGGAUCAGAUGACACAGAUUACGAGGAGGAAGAAGGUGAGGAGGAUGUGGUCUCAGAUUGCGAAAAUGAAGGUGGAAAGAAGUGGAAGAAACAGAAGAAGGAACAAACCGAAUUUUCAAUGAGUGAAAGUAAGAAGGAGCCUGCUCUUACUACCCGCCAACGGGCUCUUUUGUGUGGUAAGGAAGCUCCAUCCAUGUCUGGUGCGAGUAUAGAGUUUCCUAAUGGACUUCCACCUGCCUCCUCUUCACGAAAGCAAAAAGAGAAGCUUUCUGAAGUGGAGCUACAACUGAAGAAAGUCGAGGCUGCUCAAAGACGUAAGUUGCAAGUUGAGAAAGCGGCAAGAGAGUCCGAGGCGGAGGCAAUUAGAAAAAUUCUUGGUCAAGAUUCGAGUAGGAAGAAGCGGGAAGAGAAAAUCAAGAAGCGACAAGAAGAGUUAGCACAGGAAAAGGCUGCUACUGCUUUGAUGCUUUCAUCAACUACAAUUAGAUGGGUUAUGGGGCCAAAUGGGACGAGAGUGAUAUUCCCAACGGAGAUGGGACUGCCUAGUAUAUUUGACCAGAAUCAUUGCAGGUACCCUCCACCACGAGAAUCGUGUGCAGGUCCUUCUUGCAGCAACCCGUAUAAGUAUCGUGAUUCCAAAUCGAAACUUCCUUUGUGCAGUCUCUAUUGCUACAAGGCCAUUCAUGAGAAGUCUAACCUAACAUGCUAAUAAUAAUAUUUAGCAGGAAACCUAACACUAGUACUAUUUGUUAUAAUGGGAAUUUGUUGUAACGAUUUGAAAAGGUUUCCAAGACGAAUAAUUGGUUCAGUAUGUUAUAAAACUCUAUUGAGUUUCUUAAUGUUUGGCUUCGUCCUGUUCUCCUCUUUUCUUCA